AUUGCAGGCUUUCCCAAUGUCCUUGGCUGCAUUGACUGCACGCAUAUCCAGAUCCAGGCCCCACCUGGACCUGUGGAAAGGGACUUUGUGGAUCGAAGGAAUAACCACAGCCUGAAUGUGCAGAUGAUCUGUGAUUCUGAGUUGCUCAUCACAAACAUCGAGGCCAAAUGGCCUGGCGGUGUCCAUGAUGCUAGGAUACUAAGGGAAAGCCAUCUGGCACAAAGGCUUGCACAAGGGGGGUUUGAGGGGGUCCUUCUCGGGGACAGGGGUUAUCCCUGCCUCCCAUACCUUUUAACCCCAUAUCCUGAGCCAAGGGCUGCAGCUGAGGCAGCUUUUAAUAAUGCCCUCAGCGCCACCAGGGCACGAAUUGAGAUGGUUUUUGGCCUGCUCAAGUCCAGGUUCCAGUGCUUAAAAUAUCUAAGGCGGGCUCCUGACCGGGCCUGCGACAUAGUGGUUGCUAGCGCAGUACACCACAUAUCCACCAUCCGGAGAGAGGCUUCCACAGCUUCUACCGAAGACAGAUGGGAAGAGCCUGCCCCUGUACAGGAACCCAGAGAUGGGAGGAUCCUGAGGAAUCUGUACAGGGACACCUAUUUCUCUUGA